AUGUCUCGCCAUCAUCCCGAUCUCGUCAUGUGCCGCAAAACGGCAGGCAUCGCCAUCGGACGCCUGUGCGACAAAUGCGACGGCAAGUGCCCCGUCUGCGACUCCUACGUGCGCCCCACGACCCUCGUGCGCAUCUGCGACGAAUGCUCUUUUGGAAAUUACCAGAACAAAUGCGUCGUGUGCGGCGGCGAGGGCAUCAGCGACGCCUUUUACUGCUUCGAGUGCACGCGCCUUGAGAAGGACCGGGACGGGUGUCCGAAGAUCAUCAAUCUGGGGAGUUCGCGGACAGAUCUGUUUUACCAAAAGAAGAAUUUCAGAAAUCACUGA